AUGGCGGCAACGACUCAACGGCGCAGGCAUCACGAUCCCGCAGCCUGCGACCCCAAAUGCUUCCCCUACGUCAUGCACCCAAGCAGCACCAAGACCAUCACCACCACCACGACUGGGAAACAAAGACAUCGCAGCUCGAAUUCAAACCACAGUCGAAAUCUCAGCCUCACCCAUAGUUACCACGGCGCUCCUCUCCAAUGGCAAGAGCCGGUUCCACGGCCUGCUACAGCUAAUCCUGCCCUCAAUCCCAGUCAUGAUCCUGCGCAGACUCAGACUGCACGCCACACUCGCUCAAGAAGUCGUCUCCAAAAGCGCCCUUCGCAGCAGCAGAUGUUGAAGAAGUCUGCCAGCGUUUCUGCAAUGUCGCAGAUUGCUCCACCUCCCCGAAGACGACCAUCGCUGGAUCCAAAAGACCUCACGCCCUUGCCCCGACUGCCGGAUCAUGUUGUCCCUCGACGGUCGUCCUCUCUCCGCAAGAAAUCUCUCCCAGGGGCGAUUGAUCGUCCCAAGUCGAAGAAAGGGUCCUCCGAUGAGCCAAAGUCUGCUGCCGCCUCGACGACUCAUGCGUCGCUGUCUCUGAGACCCAAGUCCUCGCCAGCAGAGCAACCAAGCCCAAAGACAGACUCUGACAGCGAAAAGUCAUCUCCAGCUGGCUCUCCUGGGCGCCCUGCUCCGAUCAGGGCAGCACGCCAUCAACCUCUGGCACCCAACGAUCCUUCUCCACUGAAUCCCCUCUACCACAUUCCAAGUUCAUAUUUUGCACAUGUGCCCAUCACUGAUACGACGACAGCGGUGACCUCUCCCAGCCCCAACUCCACCUCAGAGAAGAACAGCGAGCAUGCGAUCCUCCUCCCAACCGGAUUCAAGCCAGGAAAGAGCGAGCACACGGAAGUUGAAGAGGUUAUCCGACCAGCGGUGACACACGAGGUCGUCAAACGGGACACCAAGGAGAUCGUGCAAGAAGAAAUCACCCGCGAAAUCCACGUGCACCACUACUACACCUACACACAGCCCAUCAAAGCCGUCGAAAUCCGCCCCGCACGACACUUCCUGGUCGAUGCAGAGACAGGGAAAAAAGUCGAGAUUCCAGCACCCGAGGGAUGGGUCAUGCCCAGCAAUCUCCAACCUUACAAGCCAGAUCUGAGCGGCGUAAGUGCUGCGACACGGCAUUAUCUGGUCGACGAGGAACAUCCCACUGGUGUCACGGAGCCCGCCCCGCUGAAUGUCAAGAAGAAAGGGUCAUCGCAAGAUUUGAGGCCGACGAGGAAGGCCAGCAGUACCGGCAACUGGACGCCUUUCCCAAGAGUGAGAUGA